AAAAUGGAAUAAAUAAAUAAAUAAUGAGCAAAAGGAUGGCUUUUUACCAAAGAGCCGACACUUUUCAUCUCCCAAUACAUCAAAAAAUAGUACAAACUCCAUUAUUAAAAUUGUAUUAUUAGUAAUAUAAUAACCAUCUUCUUCUCUCUUUCCUGCUUACAACUCCAAAAGGCUCAAUUAUUAUUCUCUAAGCUGAGUUCCAGUUGAACCACAGUUUUGCAACAACAUAAAAAAGUGAUCUUUUGAGGCUCAUGUAAUUUGAUCAACUUCAAUCAGAUUCUGAUCUGAAUAUUGGAUUUUGGGUAUUAGCUGCUUAAUCCUGUGGAAGUUGCAAGUAGCUUCACCUUUUUCAUCCUGUGGAAGAUGAUGAUGUUUGAGGAAAUGGGGUUCUGUGGGGAUCUUGAUUUCUUCCCUGCUCCGCUGAAGGAAGUGGAAGUGUCUGCUCCGCAGAGUCAGACUGAGCCGGAUUCUGUGGUGGAUGAUGAUUAUAGUGAUGAGGAGGAGAUUGAAGUGGAUGAGCUGGAGAGGAGGAUGUGGAGGGACAAGAUGAAGUUGAAAAGGCUGAAAGAAAUGAGUAAAAGUAAGGAAGGUGUUGAUCCUGCAAAACAACGUCAGUCGCAGGAGCAGGCGAGGAGGAAGAAGAUGUCAAGGGCACAGGAUGGGAUCUUGAAGUACAUGCUGAAAAUGAUGGAAGUAUGUAAAGCUCAGGGGUUUGUUUAUGGGAUCAUUCCGGAAAAAGGCAAGCCAGUUAGUGGGGCAUCUGAUAAUCUUAGGGAGUGGUGGAAGGAUAAGGUGAGGUUCGAUCGAAAUGGUCCUGCAGCAAUAGCCAAAUACCAAGCUGAUCAUGCCAUCCCUGGCAUGAACGAGGGGUCUAAUCCAGUUGGUCCUACCCCUCACACCUUGCAGGAGCUGCAAGAUACCACCCUUGGUUCGUUAUUAUCAGCUUUGAUGCAGCACUGUGAUCCUCCUCAGAGAAGAUUUCCAUUGGAGAAAGGUGUUCCACCACCAUGGUGGCCCACAGGACAGGAGGAUUGGUGGCCUCAAUUGGGUUUGCACAAGGACCAAGGUUCUCUACCUUACAAGAAGCCUCAUGAUCUGAAGAAGGCGUGGAAGGUUGGUGUCCUCACUGCAGUGAUCAAGCACAUGUUCCCUGAUAUUGCUAAAAUCCGCAAGCUGGUAAGGCAGUCAAAGUGCUUACAGGACAAGAUGACAGCCAAGGAAAGUGCAACUUGGCUUGCCAUCAUCAGUCAGGAGGAAGCUUUGGCUCGAGAACUCUAUCCCGAUCGCUGUCCACCUUUGUCCUCAGCUGGUGUUAGUGGAAAUUUCAUGUUGAACGACAGCAGUGAGUAUGAUGUUGAAGGUGCUCAAGAUGAGCCUAACUUUGAUGUUCAUGAGCAAAAACCAAACCAUCUCAAUCUGUUGAACAUCUGUGCUGAGAGAUUCAAGGAGACGAUGCCUCUUCAGCAACAAUCUCAUCCAAACAAGGAUGAACUGAUCACAAACUUAGAUUUCAGUCUGAAGAGGAAGCAAGCUAAUGAACCUACUGUGAUGAUGGAUCAAAAGAUAUACACAUGCGAGUUUCUUCAAUGCCCUCACAAUGAACUUCGCCAUGGUUUUCAGGACAGAUCUUCCAGAGACAAUCAUCAAUUUGCUUGCCUUUACCGAAGUUCUUCCCGUUUUGGAGUUUCAAACUUUCAGAUUAAUGAAGUCAAGCCAGUUGUCUUCCCUCAACAAUAUGUCCAGCCAAAGUCAUCUGCUCUACCUGUUAAUCAAGGUCCUCCUUCCUUUGAUCUAUCUGGUAUAGGAGUUCCUGAAGAUGGGCAAAGGAUGAUUAAUGAGCUUAUGUCAAUCUAUGAUAGUGAUGUACAAGGAAGCAAAAGGCAAAAUAGGGGGAACAUUGCAUUGACCAAAGAGCAGCCUCAUCAACAACCUCGUGUCCACCAGGACAAUUACCUGCUCAGCCAAGGGAUAAUGGACGGAAAUAUCUUCAAAAACACUAAUAUUUCCACAACUCAGUCUAUGCUCCCACAAGUCGAUCCAUUUGAUCAAUCCAAGGCUUUCAAUGCAGGCUCCAACGACAACUUCCAUUUCAUGUUUGGGUCUCCAUUCAACAUACAAUCUACCAAUUAUAACGGAAAUCUACCUAGCAUUGGAUACGAUACCACACCAAAACAAGAUGCUCCUAUUUGGUACUAGCCAGAAGUCUGUUGACAUGUUGUAUAUCAAGUAGUCAGUUUUGGCUUCAUAGAUAUAGCGAUUUCUCAUGGGGAAAAAGAUCCCAUGUACUCGUCUGCUUUUUCAUUCUGGUGGAUUUUUAAUCGCCUAUAGUCCUCUUAGUUAUGGUGUUUUUCAGUUACCAUGUGUUGUAAAGGUUGAAGAACUAGGCAUGGUGUAACAAACACCCCUCAAAUAUUUGCCAAUUCUUCUCAUAGGACAUGUAGAUAUAAAUAAGUUACUUGUUUCAUCAUGGCCAGUUUUAUCAGUCUGUUUAAAACUGUUGAAUUUAUAGUCUAUGGUUAAGGUCUUUACUCCUUGUUUAAUACUUCUUCUCAAGAUUGUUUGAGAUAUCUACUCUUACCAUUUGAAAUUUGUAGCAA